AUGUGGAGCAAGGAGACACUCCAGGCAAAAUACGAGGCAAGUUACGUGCGAACCUGUUUCGCUCUGGGAGGAUGGCCGAGUGGCAGCACAGCAGGUAAGGGAAACCUCCUGAUCGAGACGUCGCGCCCCAUCAUCGGCCCCGAUCGUCGCCCCCCCAUUGUCGCCGCCCCCAUCGUCGCCCCCUCAUCGUCGCCCCCAUCGUCGCCCCCACCGUCGCCCCCAUCGUCGAGCCCCCACCGUCGCCCCCACCGUCGCCCCCACCGUCGCCCCCACCGUCGCCCCCCACCGUCGCCCCCACCGUCGCCCCCCCAUCGUCGCCCCCACCGUCGCCCCCCCAUCGUCGCCCCCACCGUCGCCCCCCCAUCGUCGCCCCCACCGUCGCCCCCCCAUCGUCGCCCCACCGUCGCCCCCCCAUCGUCCGCCCCCACCGUCGCCCCCACCGUCGCCCCCCACCGUCGCCCCCCACCGUCGCCCCCCCACCGUCGCCCCCACCGUCGCCCCCCCACCGUCGCCCCCACCGUCGCCCCCCCACCGUCGCCCCCACCGUCGCCCCCACCGUCGCCCCCACCGUCGCCCCCACCGUCGCCCCCCAUCGUCGCCCCCACCGUCGCCCCCCCAUCGUCGCCCCCACCGUCGCCCCCCCAUCGUCGCCCCCACCGUCGCCCCCCCAUCGUCGCCCCCACCGUCGCCCCCCCAUCGUCGCCCCCACCGUCGCCCCCACCGUCGCCCCCCUCCGUCGCCCCCCACCGUCGCCCCCCCACCGUCGCCCCCCACCGUCGCCCCCCCCACCGUCGCCCCCACCGUCGCCCCCCCACCGUCGCCCCCACCGUCGCCCCCCCAUCGUCGCCCCCACCGUCGCCCCCCCAUCGUCGCCCCCCCAUCGUCACACCCCCCCAUUGUCACCCCCCAACAUCGCCCCAUGCAGAGCUGGCGGGGUUCCUUCUGAGGCAUUGA